GCAGCUGAAGGGACCAUUCAGGAAAGCAGGAGACAGAGGUGGGUGAUGAUGAUGAUGCUUGUGCAGCUUGUGUUGGGAUUCUUCGCCCUCAAAGCAGUGGUGGCCAGCCCCAGAUUUUCCCGACAGGACUUGGACACAUACGACAGUGCAAACUAUGAUGUGGAUCUAGACAAUUUAAAUUCAGAGAACCAGGAUAUUUAUGACUAUGAAGAUGGGGCAACAAUUGAUGACCCUGAGAUAGAGAUUGGAACACUGGCCCCACCUGAUUAUAACUACCCUGUACCUGAGGCCUCAUUGGAGGAACAGGAAGAAGAGGAAGAGGAGAAGGAGAACGACUUGCCCUUAAAACCCCAGCUCAUCCCUCAAGGUUCAGGGGGAUCUGGGGUUCUCAUGGGCCCAGACACACAGAAAGAAGUGGAGCUGCAUCUGACACCCACUGACAUCCUUCUUGUCUCCGGGGAUUUUGGGGGCUUCGUAGGGUCUGAGGCCUCAGCAGCUUCUGGGGCUUCUGGGGCUUCUGGGUCUGGGAGUUCAGGAGAUCUACUGGUCUCUGGAGCCUCUGGGAGCUCCGGUGAGUUUGUUCUGAUCUUUGGAGCCUCUGAAGAGCUCCUCAGCUCUGGGGGAUCUGGGGAGUUCUUGGUAUCUGGAGACAUCUUGAUAUCUGGAAAUCUCUGGGGAUCUGGGGAUCUCUCUGGAUCGGGGGAUACUAUGGAAUUCUCCCUUUCUGGAGCAUCAGGGGACCUUGGUUCUGGAGGUUCUGGGAUUUUCACUGAACCUCCCCUUGGCUCUGGAGGUUCUGGGAUUUCCACUGAACUCCCCUUUGGCUUUGAAGGCUCUGGGAUUCCCAUUGAACUCCACCUAGGCUCUGGAGAAUCUGGGGACCAGUCUGGUUCUGGGUUCUCUGGUUAUCUCUUGAUUUCAGGAGCCUCUGGAAGCUCUGGGGUUUCUGGGGACUCUGGUGAGUCCAGGAUAACAUUAAUAUCUGGAGAGGAGGAGCUGCCCCUUAUUCAUGAACUUGUACCCCAGGAGGCCUUGAGUGCUUCUGGGGAAAUCUCAGGAGCUUCAGGAAUCUCAGGGGCCUCAGGGGAUACUGGAGUCUCUGGAGAUGUAAGCAUCUCUGGAGCCUCUGGAGCUUCUGGUGUCUCUGGCUCUGGAGAUACAGAGAUCAUUGACGUAACUCUGGGGCCUGACACUGACAAAGAGGAGGGGCUGCUUCCGACUACAUCAGAAACCCCUCAGGAGUUUGCUGGCAAUGUAGAAGGCUCAGUGAGCUCUGAAUUGCCAGGGCCUGGAGAACCUGAUGAACCUGUGAUCCUCCCAGGUAUGCCCACCUGCUUGCUGUGCACGUGCCUCGGUGGUUCUGUCUACUGUGAUGACUUGAAGCUGGUUAGUGUACCACCUCUCCCUAAAGACACCACCCACUUCUAUGCCCGCUACAACAAAAUCACCAAGAUCAACAAGUCUGACUUCGCCUCCAUGAACAAGUUGAAGAGGAUUGAUCUAACCGCCAACGAGAUAAAGAUCAUCGAGGACAGAACAUUUUUGGGUCUGCCUGAGCUGGAGGAGCUGGUGAUCCGUGAAAAUCACAUCUCACAGUUGCCUGCUGUCCCAAAGACCAUGACCCUGAUUGAUGCCAGCCACAACAACAUUGGUAGCAAGGGUAUUCACAAAGAGGCAUUCAAAGAUAUGACUCGCCUGCUGUACCUGUACCUAACAGACAACCACAUUGAUUACAUCCCUGUGCCUCUACCGGAUAGCCUGCGAUCUCUACACCUACAGCGUAACAAUAUUCAGAUGAUGCACGAGGACACCUUCUGCAACCUGAAAGAUUUCAACUACAUCUGGAAUGCCCUGGAGGACAUCCGUCUGGACGGCAACCCCAUCAACCUCAGCAGGACCCCACAGGCUUACAUCUGCCUGCCCCGUAUACCCAUCGGGAAUCUCAUUUAACCACACAGAUGUGUACCUACACUCUUGCACACU